AAAUUUCAUCCCGCAGAAACGGUGCACACACACCGCCUGCUAUUCUACACCACCACUUCAAGUCCUCCCCUCAAAUAACACGAUACACCAUGGCUGUCCGGGCCACGAAACGCCGCCGUCUCUCGCCGCCCGACGACGCAAAACCCCCGAAUGGCAUGUCCAGGGCGGGCAAGAAGAAGACGCACGCCGCCGCCGCCGCAGACAAGGCGCUCGAGCACGGCGUGUUCGCUGGCACUACCGGCUGGGACGACGAGCAGGAGUACGAGAGCCGGCCGCGCAAGAGCAAGACGGAGCAGAGCAGCAAGCGCACGCGGUUGCCGAUCAAGACGGCCGACGGCUGGGUAGAGCAGGAGCCCGAGGACAUUCCGCACGAGGCGAGCGAGGACGAGGAUGAGGACGAGGAUAGUUUCCUGGGGUCAGGCGAGGAUGAGGACGAGUACGAGCACGAGAACGGAGAGCCGGCGGUCGAGGACGAACAGCCCCGAAUCCCCAUGCGGCAGCGCAUCCUCCAGGCCAAGGAGGACCUGGCCAAGAUCGCGGGCCAGAUCAGCGAGGACCCGGAGACGAACAUCAACGCGGUGAGGCUGCUCGAGGAGUUUGCCGACGCGCCGCACGUGCCGGUGCAGAAGCUGGCGCUGGCCACCCAGCUGGCCGUCUACAAGGACCUCAUCCCGAGCUACCCCAUCCGGCCCGUCAAGGAGGACGAGGUCAGCUCGACAAAGGUGUCCAAGGAGGUGCGCAAGCUGCGCAGCUUCGAGCAGACCCUGCUGGCCGGCUAUCACAAGUAUCUCCAGCGGCUCGCCGGGAUCGCAAAGGCUGGUGCGCGGGAGAGUGCUGACGCGGCGUCGCUGGUGACGGUGGCGUUUAGCUGUGCGUGCAAUCUGCUGGUGUCGGUGACGCACUUUAACUUUCGUGAUCUGCUGAUUGGCAUUGUUGUGCGCAGGCUGGGCAGGGAGCGUGUGGAUGGGGACUUUCGGAAGUGUGUCGAGUGUCUGGAGACGCUGUUCAAGAAUGACGAGGACGGAUAUGCUUCGCUCGACGCGGUCAAGGCGCUGCAGACCAUGAUCAAGGCGCGCCACUACAACAUUCACGAAAACGUGCUCAACACCUUCCUGUCCCUGCGCCUUCUCUCGGAGCUGUCGGUCAAGGGCUCGCAUCAGCGCAUCGACAAGACGGACGAGUCCGCGCAGACCAAGUCCAAGUUCAAGAAGGAGUUCCGCACCAAGCGCGAGAGGAAGCUCGCGCGCGAGAACAAGGCCAUCCAGAAGGAGUUUGCCGAGGCCGACGCCGCCGUCUCGCACGAGGACCGCGACAAGAACCAGUCCGAGACGCUCAAGAUCGUCUUUGUCGUCUACUUCCAGAUCCUGAAGAAGCGCUCGCGCAAGCUCAUGGGCGCCGUGCUCGAGGGUCUCGCAAAGUACGCACACCUCAUCAACCAGGACUUCUUCGGCGACAUCCUCGAGGUGCUCAAGGAGCUCAUCUCCAACGCAUCGCUGUACACGGACGACAACGAUGACAACACCGACGACGACAACAACAACGACGAAGAGCUCGCCUCCACAAGCGUCCGCCAAGCAGCAACCCGCUCCUCGCUCCUCUGCUGCGUCACCGCCUUCGCCCUCCUCCAAGGCCAGGACGCCUCCUACGCAACCUCCACCCUCCACCUCGACCUCAGCUUCUUCGUCGCCCACCUCUACCGCACCCUCCUCCCCGUCUCCCUCAACCCCGACAUCGAACUCAACGCCAAAUCCCUCCACCUGCCCGACCCCCACACCACCCACACCCACGCCCCCGCCCCUCCGCCCCCAGACCGCAAAGUAAACGUCCAAACCACCACCGUCCUCCUCAUCCGCUGCCUCACCUCCACCCUCCUCCCCGCCCACGCCGCCCGCUCCAUCCCCGCCCAGCGCAUCGCCGCCUUCACGAAACACCUCCUCAUCGCCGCCUGCCAGCUCCCCGAGAAGAGCGCCCUCGCCAUGCUCGGCUUGCUCACUCUCGUUACGAAGACGCACGGCAAGAAAGUGGCUGCGCUGUGGCGCACCGAGGAGAGGCGUGGCGACGGCGUGUUUGACCCGCUGUGUGAGCGGCCCGAGGCGAGUAAUCCGUUUGCGAGCACGGCGUGGGAGGGCGAGGUGUUGAGGGUGCAUUUUAGUCCUGCGGUGAGGGAGGCGUAUAGGGAGGUUGAGAGGGGGGUUAGGGAGGCUGUGAGGUAGGG